AUGUCGUCAGGUCUCUUUGACAUGCAGUGGUGGCAGGCGCUCUUAAACUCCACCCUCAGUCUCAAUCAAAGCAACAGUAGUUUGUUCCUACUUGAUGUCCCCUGCUGGCAGUCAAGCGCCAUGACGCUUACACUAGUGCUAUGCUACUGCCUGGUGCUUAUUUUGGGCUUGCUUGGUAACAUCCUCCUCAUUUGCAUUAUCAUGCACCAGCGGGACCCUCCUAACGUCACAAGCAUCCUCAUUGCCAACCUUUCGGUUUCUGAUAUCCUGGUGAGCGUGUUCUGCCUUCCCUUCACAGUGGUUUACACGCUCAUGGACCACUGGAUCUUCGGUGCGCAGCUAUGUCGCCUAAUGCCAUUCGUGCAGUGUGUGUCGGUGACCGUUUCAGUUCUGUCUAUGGUUUUGAUCGCACUUGAAAGGCACCAACUCAUCCUGCAUCCAUCUGGCUGGAAGCCGAGUGUCCCUCAGGCGUACAUAGCCGUCUUGAUUGUGUGGCUGCUGGCUUGCGUAACAUCAUUACCUUUCUUGGCGUUUCACUUGCUCAGCAGUGAGCCAUACAGUCUGCUUCCUGCGCCGCUCAGCCAGUUGCAGGCCUGUCUGGAAGUCUGGCCCUCUCAGCAACACAAACUAGCCUACACCACCAGCCUGUUACUAUUCCAGUACUGCUGCCCGCUGCUGCUCAUGCUACUUUGUUAUCUUCGCAUCUUCCUGCGACUGCGACGCAGACAGCGCAUGCUGGAUCACCAGUGCAGCCGCAACCGAGAGGACGAACACCGGCGUAUGAUGCACAGCAAACGCAUAAAUGUCAUGCUUGUCACUUUGGUGGCUGCAUUUGCUGUGUGCUGGCUGCCAUUAAAUGCCUUUAAUGUGGUGGCAGACUGGCACCAGGAGGUGUUGCCUGUGUGUUACCACAAUCUGCUGUUUUCAUUCUGCCAUCUGCUGGCCAUGAGCUCUACCUGCGUCAACCCCAUCAUCUAUGGCUUCCUCAACAGCAACUUCCGCAAGGAUGUGGCCUCCGUGGUGCUACACUGCCAUUUUCAGUCACUCGAGGACAGCUACGAACACUUUCCGAUGUCCACAAUUAACACUGAUGUGUCACGGACAUCUUUUAGACUCAGAAACAAUUCUGUGUAAUUGGGGUAAACACCUAAUGUUAAUUAAUCUUAACAUCAAAACCAGU